CGCGCCGAAAUCACCAAAAGCGCGUCAAUAAACCGCUAGGGGGGCAAUUUUGUUUUGAGUUAGGUCGUUUUGCGGAUUUUUGCAGUUUUGUUGUUACAGGAAGCACUGCUACUGUCCACUGCUCAUAAUCAUGCCUUACCUUAUGAUCUCUACAUUGAUCAGAAUGGAAUCUGGUCCUACCAAUGUUGGCGAUAAAGAUUCGGAUCCGGAGUUGAUGGAAUAUCUGGGUGCGAGCAAACUGAGAGAAAUCGGUCACGAUUUUGACAUAUACCAGACGCCCGCCAGUCCGCGUGAGGUUCUGGACAAACUGGAGGUGAAGGGCUGGUCGCUCAUCACCGUCACUGGUGCCGGACAGACCAUCAUCUGGACCCUGCACAAGGCCUGCUAGACGCCCGGCGACCGACCCGCGAGAGCCAGCACCCUUCCACUAACCUCUGGCAGCUCACGGGACGGCACUCUGCCUGGCACACACAGCAGAGCGGUACUAACCACACCGGUGGGGGAGUGACAACCACGGGACUAACUUCUGGUGCAAUUUAUAUAGUUAUCUGUCUAGUCGGCGUUGGGAGGUGGUACUGUAGCGCAAUCUGAGGUGGCGCGGUGAUAGCGGUGUUUUUGAUACGGUGUAUACCCUGACUCGGUCGGGUCAAAGCGGCGAGUGCGCGGCUUUUAGCCUGUUUAGCGGACUCUGGUGGCAGUACGUGAACGGACUCUCGGUCGACAGUCAUGGCCAAGGUACAUAUCACAAACGUCAGCCUGCUGGACAACCCGGCGCCCUACUUCUCGCCCUUCAAGUUCGAGAUCACAUUCGAGGCGAUCGAGCCGCUGCCCGAGGACCUCGAGUGGAAGAUCAUCUAUGUCGGCUCAGCGGAGAGCGAAGAGCAUGACCAGGUCCUGGACACGGUGUUCGUGGGCCCGGUACCCGAAGGGCGGCACAUGUUCGUGUUUGACGCGCCACACCCGGACACGGCCCGGAUCCCGGUGCAGGACGCGCUGGGAGUCACCGUGGUGCUGCUGACGUGCAGCUACCGCGCCCAGGAGUUCGUCAGGGUGGGCUACUACGUCAACAACGACUACACAGACCCAGAGCUCAAGGAGAACCCACCCGAGAUGCCUCAGUUCGACAAGAUGCAGCGCAAUAUCCUGGCCUCGAGUCCCCGCGUCACACGCUUCAAGAUCGAGUGGGGUGACGUGAAGCCGGCCAAACCUCAGAUCGACCUGGCCGUGCACAACCAGAUGCCGCCGCGUCAGGAGGAGGAAGACACCUUCGACCUGCCGGCCAAGCUGCCGGCGCCGCCCUCACCCAAAAAGGUCGAGCCGGCCGAGGACUUUAUGGACUUUUCGCUGUAGGCGACAGGAAGUCAUUACCGUGACCGUGAGUGGGCUGUUAAUGGCGCCGCCUACGGGAGAUGAGAGGUAGAGCGGUGCAGCGGAGCGAGUGCAGGGCAGAGGGGAGGGGAGGGGGCGCCGCCGCGUCGUUCCUGGAGGCGGUAUCCGUCUCCGCCGUGUUGAGUCGGCCGAGAGAUCUGCGUCGCGUCAUUGCUACCUGGACUUAUUGCUGCUUGUGUCUCAAUAAAACUUUGUUUUGCAUUA